AAGGUCGGCGUCGCGCGACCGCCAGCGUCCCAAGCACCUUAGUCGAGGACCGAACGUCGCGAGUUUCACACGAACGAACACAAGCAGCAACCAUGGUUUACGAAAGUGACUUUUACACAACCCGUCGGCCCUACAGGCCCGUCUCCAGUUACAGCGUCUCGCCGCUGUCGUCUGUGUACUACCUCACGUCAUUUGAACCGUUAUACAAUUCCCCGUACGUCACUUACAUACCCAAGCUGUCACAGGCGGAGUUGAUCUACCGUCCGACAACUCGCACAAUCACCCGACUCGCCACGUACCCUGAACCUCCCCACCACGUGUUGCGUGUCCGUGUACGACCCUCCGUGGUAUUAAGGGAGCUGGAUCGUAUCGCCUACCGCCGUCGUCCCGCCAUCGCUGUGUCCGCAUUUGAUGACUACUUCAAAUCCGAGUCUACAAGGGCUUUCGAGGAUGAAACUCGCAGGAUCCGCGCCGACACCGCGUCUCUGCUGCAGCGCGCUCGCUCGGUUGUGCCACGAGCUAAAACUGUAGCCCCCCUCGACACCAUCUUCUCAUAUUCGUACGGAGAGCCCAUCCCCUACCGGUUCAGCAACGACGCGUAUGUCGCUAAACUGCUGUUGCCGUUACGCAGCGUAGUCGACAACGUUCACAACAUAUCCUUCUACCACGAGCCAGCUAAGAAGUUCACAGGACGCGGAAACCUCGCCUGCGUCCAUUAUUCCGGCAAUAAGGCCUUCUCGAACCGCCGACCUCUUUACAAGGAACUUAGCAUCAGGGACGAUGUGAACCUUCUAUCGUUUUACGCGAAGAACAGACUAGCGGCAGCCGGUCUUGCUGUGGAAAAGGUCGAAGUGAAACUCCUACCCUGGAGAGCGAGCCGCAAGUUCCAGGCGCCACAGUUAAUGGAAGACCCCGAGGAGGAAUUGAAAGCAGCGAAGGCCGACCGUGAAGCGAGAUUCCGUGCCAAUACUGCGGAACCUGUUCUAACACCAUCCGUGGAUCUUGCUGAAAUUAAACGAAAAAGACAAGAAGAAGCUCGAGCCGCUGAGGAAAAGGCUUUGAAAGAAGAAGCAAAACGUGAAGCUGAACGAAAAGCUCAGGCUGAACGUGAUUCGGCAGAACGAAAAAGAGCAGAAGAAGAAGCACGUAAAGCUGAGGAAGCCAAACGCAAGGCAGAAGAGGAGGCGCGCCUAGCGGAAGAGGCAAGAAAAGCUCAAUUAGAAGCAGAAAGAAAGGCUGCAGAAGAAGCUAAAAAAGCUGAAGAAGAAGCCGCUAGAAAGGCAGAAGAAGCUAGACUCGCAGAAGAAGCUCGGAAAGCUGAAGAAGCUAGGCUUGCUGAAGAGGCGAGAUUAGCAGAAGAAGCCAGAUUAGCAGAAGAGGCAAGAAUUGCUGAAGAGGCUCGUCUGGCUGAAGAAGCACGUUUGGCCGAAGAAGCAAGGCUUGCUGAAGAAGCAAGAUUAGCAGAAGAAGCAAAACUGGCCGAGGAAGAGAGGUUAGCUGAGCAGAGAAGGCAAGAAGAACUUGCUAAGCUAGAAGAGCUAGAACGUCAGGCCCAAGAAGAACGCGAAGAAGAACUUGCCAGACAGGCUGCUGAAUUGGCGGAAAUCGCUAGACAAGAGUCCGAGUUGGCCGCGGCACGUUUAGAAGAACUGACACACAGCGCGUCUGCUGGAGAAAUUAUUUCUGAGGUUGAGUCAAAUGAAACGCCAGUAGCAGACAGUGAACCUAUUGUUGAAGAACCAGCAAGUCCGGAAGUCGUUCCAGAAGAAAUACAAUCCCAAGACGUUGUCGAAGUCAGCGAAGAUGAAAAGGCAGAGCCAGAUGUUACAGAUGAAGAGUGAAUAAAAACACUUGCUGACUCUUUUUUUAGAAAAUAACAUACUUUUUAAUAGCAGCCACGAUUUCUACUAUGAAUUAAGGAACUGGAAAGUAUUCUAGAGAUGCAUUUUGUAAUAUUUAAAGAUACUCUAUUUGUUCUUCACGUUACAGUUGUCAGAUACAUGAAUGAUAUCAUAGAAGUAAAUUUUCAUAGAAACCUUAAACCCUCUUGUCUGUAAUAACGUUACAAUAUGAAGAGAGUUAUAUGUUAGGUACUUUUGUUCUCCUGAAUAAGUUGUGUAACUAUUUUGUUAAUAAUGUUAACACUGUUGAUUUUGUUAUUUAUUUGUUUCUUAAUGAUAUUUUUUGUUACAAUUUAACAAUAAAAGACAUUAACUAAA